UGGCCGCAGCCUCGACUACAGCUUUCUGGUCUGAAUGGGGAAGUGGAGGAAGUCGCUUUUGGAAACGGCGCUCGCUUCCUCUCCUCGAAAGCAAGACCUAGUUUUCACGGAGGAGCAGCUGGUUCUGGUGGAAUUGUCAGGAAUUAUCGAUUCAGACUUUCUCUCAAAAUGUGAAAAUAAAUGCAAGAUUUUGGGAAUUGACACUGAGAGGCCCAUUCUGCAGGUGGACAGCUAUGUAUUUGCUGGAGAGUAUGAAGAUACUCUUGGGACCUGUGUUAUAUUUGAAGAAAAUGUUGAACAUGUGGAUGCAGAAGGCAACAAUAAAACAGUGCUAAAAUAUAAAUGCCAUACGAUGAAGAAGCUCAGCAUGACAAGAACUCUUCUGACAGAAAAGAAGGAAGGAGAAGAAAGCAUAGGUGGUGUGGAAUGGCUGCAAAUCGAGGACAAUGAUUUCUCCAAUAGACCCAACAUGAUUUGUAACUUUCUACAUGAAAAUGAAGAUGAAGAAGUUGUAGCUCCAGCCCCAGAUAAACCGUUGGAGUUGGAAGAGCAAAACAUUCAAAUGAAGUUUAAUUCAAACCUGAGCUAUGAACAGGAAAAACCACCACACUUGGAAAUAGAGGAUUCUGGUCCUCUUAUUGAUACUCCUUCUGAAACAGAAAGUUCUGUGUGUAUGGAAACUCAAGAUGCUGCCUUAGAAAUCACUCCUAGAUAAAAUGUUUUUAAUAAUAGAGUUUUUUAAAUUUUUAUAUAAAAUAAUUGACUGCUUAGCUU